ACACGUUACAUAUAGUUACUUUAUUUCAACUCCGUUCGUAGCCGCUGAAGCCGUUGCAGUAAGCUAGAGAUAACCAUAUGUUGGGAACAUUACGAAGAAUGGGACCGAGAUGGGUGCUGAGUACAGUCAGUGAGAUGGGUUACUUGUUGAAAUUUAAUGAUAUCUAUACAGUUGGAAUUUUGGUUUUUAUAUUUUGAAGGGGAGGUAGGGGGUAUGGAUUGGAUUGGCUUAUAGGAUGAUAUUGGAUGUGGUUGUAAUGUGGACAGGAGGAAGCAGUGGCUAGUGGUGUUUGUUUUGGUGGAGGUGGUUUUGCUGAUCAGUUGUGGUAGAAGUCGGGAAUUUUUUUGAAAAUGAGUUCAGACAGUCGUAGCCGAAGCCGCAGCCGAAGUAGGAGCAGGAGCAGGAGCCCAUUGGACCGAAGAUUUCGCUCUGAGCGAUUUUCCCAUCGCGAUGCACCUUACAGGAGAGAUUCACGCCGGGGUUUCAGCCAAGACAAUUUAUGCAAGAAUUGCAAGAGGCCUGGUCAUUAUGCUAGAGAAUGCCCAAACAUUGCAGUUUGCCACAACUGUAGCCUCCCUGGGCACAUUGCUUCUGAAUGCUCCACGAAAUCGCUGUGCUGGAAUUGUAAAGAACCUGGCCACAUGGCGAGCAGUUGUCCAAAUGAGGGAAUUUGCCACACCUGUGGUAAAGCAGGACACCGUGCUAGGGAGUGCACAACUCCUCAAAUGCCUCCAGGGGACUUGAGAUUGUGCAACAAUUGUUAUAAGCAGGGCCACAUUGCUGUUGAAUGUACCAACGAGAAGGCUUGCAAUAACUGUAGGAAAACAGGGCACUUGGCACGUGAUUGUCCAAAUGAUCCCAUUUGCAACCUGUGCAAUGUUUCUGGACAUGUGGCUAGACAGUGUCCAAAAACCAACGUUAUUGGAGACCGCAGUGGUGGUGGCAGCUUUCGUGGUGGUGGUGGUUAUCGUGAUGGCGGUGGCAGCUUUCAUGGUGGCGGUGGUUAUCGAGAUGUUGUGUGCAGGAACUGCCAACAAUUUGGUCAUAUGAGUCGCGAUUGCAUGGGUGGGCCCUUGAUGAUAUGUCACAACUGUGGAGGUCGUGGUCACUUGGCAUAUGAGUGCCCUUCAGGUCGGUUUGUGGAUCGCUACCCUAGUAGGCGGUACUGAUGAAAUGCAAAUUCUGGGUUUCAAUUAUAUGGUUGUUUUCUAUAAUUUUCUCCAAUUGUUGAGUCUUGAUAGUGUAUGUGUUUUGGCUUUAUUCGUUUUUACUUGGUAGAGAGACAUAUCUAUCGGCUGCUUUGAUGUCUGUUUUGGUAAUAAAUUAUUUGCUACUUUGUAAGAGGAUUGUUAUAUCAUUGUAUGCAUAUGUUGCUACCUGAUUAGCCUCCUUUUCAUUGA